GCUGAAGCCAGGAGCCAGAGUCUCUGGGAGCGAGCACGGAGUCCAGCCGGGCCGGCACCGAGGGGCCCUGGGCCCGAGUGGACUCGGGGGGGCCAGCGCGGGGGUUAGGGGGCUGUCCCGGACCUACCAUGAGCGCCAAGAAGAGAGGGAGCCCCGCGCGGACUCAUUCCAUGAUGUCCCUGUCGGUGCGGCCGCAGCGCCGCCUGCUCAGCGCCCGGGUCAGUAGGAGCCAGUCCUUCGCAGGCGUCCUCGGCAACCAGGAGCGGGGGCCCAGGAGCUUCCCGGCCUUCAGUCCCCCGGGGCCCCCACGGAAGCCCCCAGCGCUCUCCCGGGUGUCCAAGAUGUUUUCAGUGGCGCACCCGGCCCCCAAGGUCCCGCAGCCUGAGCGCCUGGACCUGGUGUACACUGCGCUCAAGCGAGGCCUGACGGCCUAUUUGGAAGUGCACCAGCAGGAGCAGGAGAAACUCCAAGGACAGAUAAGGGAGUCCAAGAGGAAUUCCCGCCUGGGCUUCCUAUAUGACCUGGACAAGCAAGUCAAGUCCAUUGAACGCUUCCUGCGACGGCUGGAGUUCCAUGCCAGCAAGAUUGAUGAACUGUAUGAGUCAUACUGCGUGCAGCGGCGUCUCCGGGACGGCGCCUACAACAUGGUCCGUGCCUACAGCACCGGCUCCCCGGGGAGCCGCGAGGCCCGGGACAGCCUGGCCGAGGCUACUCGAGGGCAUCGCGAGUACACAGAGAGCAUGUGUCUGCUGGAGAGCGAGCUGGAAGCACAGCUGGGCGAGUUCCACCUUCGGAUGAAAGGGCUGGCCGGCUUUGCCAGGCUGUGUGUUGGCGACCAGUAUGAGAUCUACAUGAAAUAUGGGCGUCAGCGCUGGAAACUACGGGGCCGCAUAGAGAGCAGUGGAAAGCAGGUGUGGGACAGCGAGGAAACCGUCUUUCUGCCUCUGCUCACGGAAUUCCUGUCCAUCAAGGUGACAGAACUGAAGGGCCUGGCCAACCAUGUGGUUGUAGGUAGCGUCUCCUGUGAGACCAAGGACCUGUUCGCUGCCUUGCCCCGGGUUGUAGCAGUGGAUAUUAAUGAUCUUGGCACCAUCAAGCUCAGCUUGGAAGUGACAUGGAGUCCCUUCGACAAGGAUGACCAGCCCUCAGCUGCUUCUACUGUCAACAAGGCCUCCACAGUCACCAAGCGCUUCUCCACCUAUAGCCAGAGCCCACCAGACACACCCUCGCUUCGGGAACAGGCCUUUUAUAAUAUGCUGAGGCGGCAGGAGGAGCUGGAGAAUGGGACAGCAUGGUCCCUGUCAUCUGAAUCUUCCGAUGACUCAUCCAGCCCACAGCUCUCAGGCACUGCCCGCCACUCCUCAGCCCCCAGGCCCCUGGUGCAGCAGCCUGAGCCUCUGCCCAUCCAAGUUGCCUUCCGUAGGGCUGAGACCUCCACUUCUGGGCCCAUGGAUGAGGAGGGGGCUGUGGCCCCAGCCUUGGCCAAUGGUCAUGCCCCCUACAGCCGGACUCUGAGCCACAUCAGUGAGGCCAGUGUGGACGCCGCCCUGGCUGAGGCUUCAGUGGAGGCUGCAGACCUAGAAAGUCUAGUCCGGGGACCUAGCCCACCUGCGUGCCCAGAUCCCACCCAUGGGGAGAUCCCUGCUCCUGUCCCUCCUGCCCUGGAUGCUGGCCAUUCUGCCACAAGCCACACUCUUAGUACAACAGGCCCUGCCCCGUCUGCUCACCUAGGCUCGGCUAACAAGACCAUAAAUUCUAGCUCUCCUGAACUGCCCACGCACACCACUACAGGCUCCACCUCUAGUGCCAUAAGCCCUACCCUUAGUGCUCGAAGCCUCACUCACUCUACCACAGCUUCUACCCACAAGAUGGUGGUCUCUAUCCUCACUACCACAGGUCCUACCCCCAGUACCACAGGGCCAGUCCAGACCACCACAAGUCCCACCCACAAACCAGCGCUUGCUACCCUCACUCCUGCAGCUCCUAGCCCCAGUACUACAGACCCAGUCCAGACCACCACAAGCCUCAGCCACACUGUCACAAACUUGACACACACUGUCACAAGCGCUACCAACAAGCCCAUGGGCUCUACUCUCAUUACUGCAGGCCCUACAGCCAGUGCCACAGGUCCAGUGCAGACUACCACUAGCUCCACCCACGCCGCCCCAAGCCCCACCCAUGCCACAAGCCACUCCCACAUCACCACAAGCCACUCCCACACUACUGUGAGCCCCAUCCAUAUCACUACAAGCCCCACCCACACCACAGGCUCCACCCACACUACUGCAAGCCCCACCCACACCACCACAGGCCCCACCCACACUACUGCAAGCCCCACCUAUACCACCACAGGCCCCACCCACACUACUGCAAGCCCCACCUAUACCACCACAGGCCCCACCCAUACUACUGCAACCACUACUCCCAAAGCCAAGAUGUCAACUAACACCACUACACCUAAUGCCAAGGACCCAGUCCAGAACACCAGGAAUCCCACCCAUUCUGUCACAAGCCCCACUCUUAUAACUGUAAGCCCCUCCACUAUUCUAGACUUUGCCAAGCUCUCCAGCUCUUCUGCAAAUACAGACCCUCCCCACCUAGGCACUGACCCCCUAUCUGGUAGUUACCUAGCCUCCACUCCUUGCACUCAGGCAGACCCCAUAGCCCCCAGCACCUCCCAUCCAAGUCCUGCUUGUUCUAGUUGGGAGCCCCUCACAAGCCCUUCGCCGGACCCCCCAGAAGCCAUCUGUCAGAGCCCAAAUCUCCCUCCCUCACCCCUAGCCCCUUUGCCCCAGUAUCCAGACCCUGGAGUGGCCAGGGCUUCUCCGGCCCCAGUUCCAGGGGCAGCUGGAGGGGCUGGGGACAGGAGGCUGGAAGAGGCUCUGGGGGCCCUGGUGGCUGCCCUGGAUGACUAUCGUGGCCAGUUCCCUGAGCUGCAGGGCCUGGAGCAGGAGGUGACCCGGCUGGAGAGUCUGCUCAUGCAGAGACAAGGCCUGACUCGGAGCCGGGCCUCCAGUCUCAGCAUCACUGUGGAGCACGCCCUGGAGAGCUUCAGCUUCCUCAACGAGGAUGAAGAUGAAGACAAUGACAGUCCUGGGGACAGGCCCCCAAACAGCCUAGCACCUGGGGCUGAGGACAGCCUCGACUCGCCCAGUGCCCGACCCCUCAGCACAGAGUGUCCAGCUCUGGAUGCUGCCUUGGUCCAGCACCUGUAUCACUGCAGCCGCCUCCUGCUGAAACUGGGCACAUUUGGGCCCCUGCGCUGCCAGGAGGCAUGGGCCCUGGAGCGGCUACUGCGGGAGGCCCGAGUGCUUGAAGCAGUAUGCGAGCUCAGCAGGCGAUGGGAAAUGCCUGCCACCUCUGCCCAGGAAGUGGUGCAGUUCUCGGCCUCUCGGCCUGGCUUCCUGACCUUCUGGGACCAAUGCACAGAGGGACUCAGCCCUUUCAUCUGCCCUGUGGAGCGGGUGCUCCUCACCUUCUGCAAUCAGUACAGCGCCCGUCUCUCCCUGCGUCAGCCAGGCUUAGCCGAGGCCGUGUGCGUCAAGUUCCUGGAGGAUGCCCUGGGCCAGAAGCUGCCCCGGAGCCAGGCAGGCCCUGGAGAGCAGCUCACCAUCUUCCAGUUCUGGAGUUACAUCGAAGCCUUGGACUGCUCCUCCAUGGAGGCCUAUGUAACUGAGACAGCUGAGGAGGUGUUACUGGUGCGGAAUCUGAACUCUGAUGACCAGGCUGUUGUGCUGAAGGCCCUGAGGUUGGCACCUGAGGGGCGGCUUCAAAGGGAUGGACUCCGGGCCCUCAGCUCUCUGCUUGUCCACGGCAACAACAAGGUCAUGGCUGCUGUCAGCACUCAGCUCCGGAGCCUGUCGCUGGGCCCCACCUUCAGGGAAAGGGCCCUACUGUGCUUCCUGGAACAGCUGGAGGACGAGGAUGUGCAGACCAGAGUGGCCGGCUGCCUGGCUCUGGGCUGCAUCAAGGCUCCAGAAGGCAUUGAGCCCCUGGUGUACCUCUGCCAGACGGACACAGAAGCUGUGAGGGAAGCAGCUCGGCAGAGCCUGCAACAGUGUGGAGAAGAGGGACAGUCUGCCCACCGAAGGCUGGAGGAGUCACUGGAUGCCCUGCCCCGCAUCUUUGGGCCCGGCAGCAUGGCCAGCACAGCAUUCUAAACUCCCCACCCAGCGGCCCCCACUGUCCCUUCCCCGCACCUUCAGGGCUUACCAGGCACUGGCAGGGAGGAUGAGGGCUGGCUCCAGACAUCCCUCCCUCACAGAUUCCUAUCAAUGAAAAUCUAAUAUAUUCUCCUGUUGUCCUUGGGGUUGGUGGAGUCAGUGCCACAGUCAAGUGCCUCCCAGCCUCGGCUCAGCACACUUGCCAUAGAUCAGUGUCCUGGGCCUGGCCGUCCUGCCUCUGCCCUGCCCUUGGUUUUGUAUUUUAUUUACAGAGUUUUACAGAAAAUAAAAAAAAAAAAAAA